ACCAUUUGACCGUCCGGGAGGAAACCGCUGCUGAUCUGGAUUAUUACCGCGACUAAAACCCGGAGGACAGAAAAGAAAACACUUUAAAAAAAUAUAUCCGUGUAGCAAGUGUCUGUGGUCAGUUAGUGCGACUUGAGAUAAUUUACAUUAGAUUUUUAAAGUGUCACAGCAGCUGCAGUUUUGCUGUACGUGCUUGUGUUUGUAGCGUUGGUUGGACCUCAUGGUAGAUUAUUGAUCUGUUGUCGAUCACCGGCCCAAAGGAUCUGAUCCAGCGUCUGUUUUCCUCUAAAUGGCAGUUUCUUCUUUGUUGUUGGGCCACAAUGUUUCUGCAGCAGCAGAGCAGUAGUUUGGCAGUGGAGGGUUGUUUAUCCUUUCAUAACCCAUCAGAGGAUUGUUAGGGGUGUUUACUGUGAGGGGUUUUUAUAAGAGUUGCCAAAUUAAUCCCAGAAUUAUUGCUGACUACACGAGCACCAUGAUCAGCUCGGAGGGCCUGCGGCCGAGCACGAACGGCAGGAAGCCGCUGGGCAAGCUCGCCUCCCGGCUGGAGGAGGUGAAGUCCCCGUGGCGACAUGUCUCCACGCUGGAGCUGAGCCACAACGAGGCGGCCCGGCUGGCGACGGACGCCCUGCUGGAGCAGGGGGAGAAGGAGUACCGCAGGGUCCUGGCCGAGGAGCGGGAGCUCAACUUCCUCUCCCCGCUGGAGAUUCGCUACAUCACCCAGCAUGUGGCCAAAACCGGCGGCUGCGAGAGCAACGGCACCGGCCCCAACGACCGGGACUUUGGGGACGGAGACGCCGUGUCCGAGCUCACCUCCGGGACUUACUUCCCUAUGAUGUCCGACGAGGAGCCGCCGAUGCUGGAGCUCGGCUGGCCGGACUCCCCGGCGAGAUACGGACCGUCGGAGACUCAGAUCUACUUCCAGAGGGACAAGUCUCAUAACGUCAAAGACCUCAUCAGGUCCCUGAUCAACAAGGCUAAAAAGGUGAUCGCGCUGGUGAUGGACGUGUUCACAGAUGUGGACCUGAUGUGCGAUCUGAUGGAGGCGUCCAACAAGCGCAAGGUCCCCGUCUACAUCCUGCUGGACGAGAAGCAGCUCAGCUACUUCACGGAGAUGUGCUCCGCGCUCGACAUCCAGAACUCGCACCUGAGUAACAUGCGCAUUCGCACCGUGUGUGGCGACACGUACUGCACCAAGAGCGGCAAGAAAUUCACCGGACAGGUGCUGGAGAAGUUCAUGAUCAUCGACUGUGAAGAGGUCAUCGCGGGGUCGUACAGUUUCACCUGGCUGUCGGCUCAGGUGCACAGCAACAUGGUGAUGCAUUUCUCAGGGCGCAUCGCCGACAGCUUCGACCGGGAGUUUCGCUGUCUGUACGCCGACUCGCAGAUCAUCGACUGCUUCUACAACCCCGAGGAGGAGGGGAUGCCCUACUUCCCGUCCUACCAAUCUCUGAUGGCCCCCGGCUUGGGCAUGGGGCUGGGCGUGGGGCUGGGCAUGGGGCUGGGCGUGGGGCUGGGUGUGGGGCUCAGCCCGGGCAUGGGGCUGGAUUUAAUCUCUGACAGACAGAGGGACAAAGUGUGCUCUGAAAACUCCAGCAGCCAAUCGAGUAACAGCGUCUCCAGUGUGAAGGCGGCACCCGGGAUGACCCCGAACACCGUCUACAAGGUCACUCAAGGUCACGACAAGAAGGAGCCCAACAACAACUCUCACCUCAGCCCCGAGAGGAGAGGCGGCGUUGGAGAACCAGCAGGAGGACACGCCCCGACACCAGGGCCGCGGGUUUCCGCUAACGGAGGAACCAACCACAUCACGGUCCCUGAUCGACCCCCGCCGGCGUACGGCCAGCCGAUGGGCAUCGAGUGGAACAAGGCCAACCCGCCGGACAUCAUGAGGUCGAAUAUCGGUGGCGCCUCCUCGAAGUUCCAGGCGCUGGGGUUGUACGACCACAAACCGGGCAUGUUCCACAGCACCCCCAACUCAAACCUGAACCCCAAGACCCAGACACCCUCCCCGGCCAAUGACAGCAAACUCACGCCCAAGCAGCGGACUACCUCCAACCAGUUCCUCAACAAACUGUCAGACCGCUUCCUGCCCAACUCCAGCAAAGACAAAGACGCCUACAGAGGUGGGGCGCUGAGGUCGCCGUCGCCACACGGCUCCUCGCUCUGGGGGGGGCCGGACCUCUCUCAGGGCGAGCCGGAGAGCCAGCAGAGCCCGCCUCCCCCGCCCUCCCCGGGCGUGGUGAUGAGCCGGCAGGACCAGAAGAGAAUGACGCUGGGCCACAGCAAGCUGGACCUGGUCAACCAAUACAACAAGAUGAAAUCCAGGCAGGUGUACAGCCGCUUCGAGCUCAAGAGCACCAACUAAAGCGACUUCCUCUUCCUUCACCUUCCCCCGGUGUCUCUUCUUACAUCACUACGAGGACGCUUCGACAGCCGCCCCCGCUGAUGAAUCAGUCCCUCGUCCUCUUCCACAGCUCUGACGAAACCAAGCCAUUGCAGCCAUGUCGGCUCACAGGCUGCUGCACUGUCUCUGCAGAGUUCCAGCAGGGUGGAGACUCAUUGUGACUAACAAUUAAAUCAACCUGCUUUCAACUAUUUCUACCGAAAUCAUCAUGUUUUAAAUAAUUAAAACAAGGUUGUAGCUACAAGUAGUUUCACGUAAACCAGUUCUGACGUCAUUGAUCGUAUUUCUAAAUAACAAACACAGCUCCACCCUCCAUUCUGAAGUUGUAACCCUUAAGAUUUCAGUCCUGGCUGAUGUGCCAACACCUGUGGUUACCAUGGGUACCUAUGGUUUCAUUUACAUUCGCUCAUUUGGCAGAUGCUUUUUAUUCAAAGCGACUUACAAGCGAGGGACAUCACUAACGCUUCAGAGCGGCAGGAGACCGCGGUGCAGGGAGUAAGUGCUGCAUCUUACUCAACAAGUGAAGGAGAUCAGGUGAAGAAGUGCAGAGUCAGAGUCAGUCAGACAUGUGAGGGUGUUAGAGGUGUAGAAGAAGGAGAGGGACGCCCCAGCUCUGAUAGGAUUCGGUAACAGUUUAUCAGCAGGUGUCGGUUUAAUGCUGCAGCAGCUGCUUUGUCAGUAAUACAGCCUUUAGAGCAGCUGGUGUAUCUGAUCACAGAGCAGCCCA